GCUGCGCCGCUCUUCUGCCCGGGUCGCGACGGGGACCGGGACCGCAGCGUCUUUCCCUCCUCCUCCCGCUGCCGCCGCCGGGACCAUGGCCGCCGAGCCCGCCAACGCACUGCCAGAUGACCUAAGUGACCUGUUGCGGGAGUUUGAUGAGGUGAUUGAGGACUUUGACAGGGGCCCGGCAUGUCAGUAUGAACAGCAUCUGGAGGACCUGAAGAGGAAAAUGGGCCACAGUGUGUACGACAGUGGCAUUGAUGAGCUGGAGAGUGCCAGCACAUCCCCAGGAAGCAGUCUAAACUCCAGUGAGGAGGAUCUCAAUGCUCCUGCUAAUGCUUACCCCUCUAAAGCUAAGCUUGGAGACACACAGGAGCUGGAAGAAUUCAUUGCAGAUCUGGACAAAGUGCUAGAGGAGAUGUGAGCUGUGGUUUUGAUGGAGAGUUUGGAGAAGAGUAUCCACAGCAGAUGAGCCUAGAGCCGCCCUGAUGUACCCUCUGUUUCUGUGCCUCCUUCGUCCCGCUGCCUGUGCAGAGGACAGCACUUCCUGCCAUGUGGGAUUACUCUGCGCUGGGGAGGAGCCUGCCUAGCCCCAACCACAAAUGUGAACUGAUCUUGUCUGAGCUGACCAGCCUUCUCCAACCUGCUUUUACAGCUGCCUCCUUGACUGGCACCAAGAGAACAGGGAUGCUGUGUCCAAGUGUUUCUGGGGUGUGAGCUCUGGACUACCCAUUUGUGCCAGUCUUUCAGCAGUGAUGGACUUUGAUCUGUGGCAGCUUUGUGUGUUCAGAGGUUGUCUGACCACCAGCCAGAGAAUGUCCAUCUUCAAGAGGAUGGUGUGUGUGUGGUGGGGGGGGUUGUCUUGCUGAGCAUAAGCUGAACAGCAAGUGCUAGGUGGUAAACUGAGACUGACUGAGCUGGAUGGUCACCAUUCUGUUUCACUGCUCCAGCUGAUUUCUAGGAGGGCUCCCCAUGCUUUGAAGGCACUCCUCUGCUGCAGGGUUUGUGGCUCCCAGGCAGGCAGGAUGCCAGGGCCCAAAGGAGCAGGAGUAGGGCCCCUAGGCCCUGGUCUCUGUGCCGGGCAAGCUGCCAGGAGGAACACUGGGAGGCUGAGGGUGCUGUCCUGCUCCUCUGGUGUGGAUGCAGUCACAGAGCAGCCCUGUCCUCAGCACUGCCUUGGGACUGCUGGAAGAUCUGCUGGUGUCUGCUGGCUGGUGACCACUGGAAAUGGCACAGGUGGCUCUGCUGAAGCUUAGCUAAGCCUCUGCUCCCAUGGGUAGGGCAGGACUUGGCCAGCCCUGAGAUCUGAAUAGCUCUUUGUGAGGGUGCAAAGCUUUGCCCUGCAAGGAGGCUGGCCAGCUGCUGUGACCCAGUGGAUUUGGGAGGUUUCUGCCUCUGAAGCCACAGGGAGGAACUAUGGCUGAUGUUAGGGAAGAGCUGCUUGCAGCACUUCACUGGCACCUUGGUGUCCUCUCCUGGUUCAGGAAAACCUAUUCUUAUGGUGGUAUUUGUCACAAGCAGUGACAUCCACUGCUGGCCCUUUGCUCUGCCUUGAUAACCUCAGAUAAGGCCCUUGCCUGGAUGCCAAGUGCCUCUGCCCUAACUGUUGCUGUAAAUACUGUAAAAAUGGCACUGCACAGUGUAUAGAUGGUGUAUAUUUUAUGAAUAGAAGUUUAAGUCUGCA